UUUUUGCCGCGUUUAGUUGAAUUUCCUCGUUCGUCUCGUUCGCACUAUGGUCGCUUGACUUCCGGUGUUUUCUUUCGUUCGCGUAGUUUGUGCGUGCUCCGCAAAUGUCGUUCAAAUAAUCAUUGAUACUUUAUUAACUGUGCUAUUCUCCUGCGAUUCCGUAGGAUUAAAUUGUUGUGUGUUCGCGAACGAACUAUUUAGAAGUACAUAUUGGACUCAUCCAUAGCCUAUGGAGUAUGGACCAUAAGUAAAACCGACUGCAAGUAGAUUGAUUUGAAGAUCCAAUGUUGGAUGUCUUUAUCAUGUACUCGGUCCAAUGAGCAAAAAUAAUAUGACUGACUUCCAACGGACUCGUAGCAAGGUGUGGUUCCCCAACUUGGACGACGACGAUGAAGAUAUUCAUCACUCGUGGCGCCGACAACCAUCUUCGUCGCCCGAGAGCAGACGCGUAUUGUCCGGUAGCCCGAGCAACGGUAGUCACAAGUCACAGGACUCCGGUUUUUCGGACUCCGAGAGUAGCCCCUUAGGAUUGUCGAAAGCUCUGCCGAAAGAAGACAAGCAACAGGACAAUACGAAUGCGUUUACCGACAAAUUGCCAGACGGAGUGUUACCCGAAGCACCAGUUCCUAGGGUGUCGUCGCCUUGCGAACCCCAUCCACAAUCGCCCAAUCAUUGCAAUUGUUUUCUACCUGCAUGCGAAUUGUCCAGAAAGUUCCGUUCAAUCGAGUACGUCACCGCUGAGGAAACGUCACCGUUCAGACCGGCGACAAAAAGGUACGGGGAAGAACCGCGCACGCCCAACCGAACGUGUUUUAUCGUUGAUGAAUUACCAAAAACCGGCGCAGUACUGUCGACUCCGAGUUCGGUGAAAAGUUUUGACGGCCAUUUCGAUCAGUCAGAAAACGUUACUGUUGUAGAAAACAUUAAACAGGACUGUAACAAAAAUAACGAUUUGAUUAUCGACCCACCUACACCGUUUGUCGACCGUCUUAACGAUGCGGACACAGUGAGUCUAUGUGAAUCCGACAGACCGGGCUCACCUGAGCAUACGUCUACACCGAAAUCGACCAAGAACAGAUGUUGUACUCCCAGGUUACAUAAUAGAAAAGAUCUACAACUAAGAAAACCAAAACAUCUAAAAGAUAGCUUUUGCCGAAUCGAACGUGAAAAAGAAGUGCCCGUUGGCCAGUGGCUAAAUGAACUGAGGUUUAGAUGCGAACCUGAAUGUAUGACCACUUUACAAUCGAAAUCAAUAGCAACUUCAGAAGAUGUGUGUCGUUUGUCUACAGUUGUUUGCACCGAUUCUGAAGUUGUGCGGGACCUUUAUCAACGUACAAAAUGUAUAUCUGAUGAAUUUAUAAAAGUUUACAAUGAUCUGAACAAAUGUCCAGUUGAUAAUUUUGGAUCAUCUGUCCAUACAUUAACUGGUCUGUUGUUGGACUUCGUUUGUGAUCACGAGAGUGAACUUCCUGAGCACGGCCAAGAGUUGUGCAUGGACUUGGUAGAUGUUUCCGAGAAACUAAGAAUCCACGCUAACCGACGUCUAGGAAACAGAAAGAUUAUUCUAAACGACGUUUCCGCACUAGGACAAAUAUUCAGUGAAUUAAUCGACGCUCUGUUAAUGAAAAAAAUACAGUCUUUGGUGGACAUAUUGGAAGAACCAAGUACUGAUAUUGAGCUUGUUAAGACCAUGUCCAGUAUCAACAGCCUCGGAUUGGAAAGUGUUCAUCUCGGUAGCUUGGUGACGAAGUGCAAUGGUGUCCGAUCGUUGUUGACUGUUUGCAUAGAAGCCGCGUCUAGUACAGUCAGAUCAGCUGCAUUGCGCACACUGGCCAUGGUGUGUUGCUCGUCGGACAGCAUCAGACAAUUCGAAAAGGCCGGAGGCGUGGAGAUAUUAUCCGACAUAUUGGGUAGUAAAAACCGCUCGGAAAAAGAACUCACCGACGCCGUAUCGGUGUUGGCUCAGAUCACCGCUCCUUGGAUCGAAGACAAUCACGUCGUCAACGGGCUCAGCGAAUACCUGGACACUAUUAUAUCCUCGUUGACGAACCUGGUGGAUACCACGCGGUCGUCGGAAACGCUGUUGUUGUCGUCCGCCGCGCUGGCUAACAUCACGUUCAUGGAACCGAACGCGAUAUGGACGAUAUUGAACAUGGGCACCGCCGGGUCGCUGAUUGAAGCUGUCCGGAAGAACGGCACCAAGUCGUCGGUGUUCCUGCAAGAGCAAACGGCCACUCUCUUGGCCAACAUGGCUGCGGUCCCCGAGGCCAGGCCGCACAUGGCAGCCAACCACGCGGUGAUCGCUCUGCUGUGUUUCCUGCAAGUGCGCCACUCGCCGUUGCAACGCGUUCCCGAGAUAUUGGCCGCGGAACGUCUACAGCACAAGACAGCCAUCGCCUUGUCCAGACUGUGCAGUGACGUAGAAGUGUCGAAACAAUUCGUGGAACUCGAAGGCGUUAACCGUUUGAUAAGGUUGUGCAAAGACGAACGAGAACGAAAUCACAGUGACGGUGUUCUAGUGGCGUGCUUAGCUUCGCUGCGGAAAAUCGCUGCGAAUUGUGGCAAAGAAAUAAUGAACCAAUACGACGCCGCAGAACUGAUUGAACCGAGACUGCUGGACUCAUUCCUUUUGUUUUCGUCGAAACAAGAGAGUUACGUUUAGAUUUUUUAAUCCAUUGCGAAUAAAUCAAAUUUGCUCGUAUUUUAUUAUUAGAUACUAGGCGUAAGAUAUGUGCCUACUUAAUUUAUAUACAUUUAUACCUAUUUGAUUAUAUACGAUGUAUAAUAAUAAUGUGUGACUGUAUGCGGUGGCGUAUCUAGAUUUAUUUUUUGAGCAAGGAGGGUUGAAAAUUAAUUUUUGACAAAUUUUUCCUGAAAAUGAUUUAUUUAUAAAAUUGUUUGGGGGGGGGGGGUACAACCCCCCUGGAUACACCACUGACUGUAUGCCAUAUACAAUAUUAACCCACUAUGGGUAAGUAGGUACGUAGGUUCUGCUUUCGUGCCACCGCAUCCGAGUGCUUGAUUACUGAAUAAUGUAAUUUGUUUGACGUAAUAGAAUACAAUAUUUUUGAGUAUGAUAUUAUAUUAUGAUAUAGGUAUCUUAUUGGUAUCUAUAUCACUCUAUCUAGUCCGAAUCAUAAUGACAAGUGCCAACGUAGAAGAUAAUAUUAGUAUUUGGAAUGUACUAUACUACUACUAUAUAGGUAUAUAGUAGCAUAUAUAUUUUGUUCAAAUAGCUCUGUAACUAGUACAAUAUAAUAUUAUGUAUUUUUCUAUUACGGUAUAUAAACCCCCAUGUUUUUAUAUAAAGUGAACUUGAUUUUAAGUUAAUUACAUUGCAUUUAAAAAUAAUAAAUACGGCGUAAUAAUCAUUUUUUCUUUUUUUUAUAUACAUAUUAAAUAUUUAUUUAUAUUAUAUUAUAGGACAUAAUAUAUACCUAGGUAUAAGUACGCGUCUUAUCGUUUGUAUACAAAAUCUAAACAGAAUGCACCCUGCAAGUGUUAUUCUCACUUUAUUACCAUUGUUAAAGAUAUUACUUUUGUGUUCUAAAAUAGAUUUAUUAAAAAAUAUAUAUAAUAAAAGACGUAUUUCAUAACAUACA